GCAUUAUCAAAAAUCGUGAGGGUUUGGUCAUAGAAUGAAUAACAUUAUGCGAGCUAUUGUAAAGGGUGAGGGGGACUGGUCUGAGGUCCCACGCGGCGUGCGCGAGGCCAUCCUACACACCCUUUCUCAUGCAAAGGAUGCGGCUACGGCGCAUUCGAUACGUGAUGGACCACGCUUGUCGCGCUCCACGAGUAGCCAGCGAUCCCAACAGGUGGUCCUGCCUACCCUUUCGGAGCACGACGUUCAGUGCAGUAUUGACACCUUUGAGGACGGUUUGUGGGUUCGUGAUCAGGCGGUGCGCAGCUACGCGCGGUUUCACAACAGCGUCGAGGUCCUUUAUAGAGCCGCGCGUGGGCAACUGCGCUCACUGUGGCGGACAGCAAUGCAGCUUCGGCCUGACUAUCUCGAGAAGGUACGAAUGCAGCUUGGUCUCUCUUUAUCUGACAGCAUUCCGGAAGGUGUGCCGAUUCCACAACACUACGCUGUGGAAGUGGAUCAUGAGGAAAUGAUAUUAGAGUCGAUGUUUCAAGACCUGCAGCAGCUGCGGGAGGAGUCGGUGAAGUUUGCUGCUAAUUGGUUGACCGAUCAUGAAAAAAUAGCCAUGGGGGCUAAUCCUGCUUAUUUGCAAGCGGAAGCCAUAGAUGGGGAGACUCAGAGACGAUCGGAAAACCGGCAAAAGGAAUCUUUUCGGAACCUUAUAGUAAAAUCAGAAACAAGAAGACCGCACUACGUGUCUGGCUCACCGACAAGCAUUGAUCCCUGUCAAAAAAAUUCCUGUAUUGAUGAAGGUCUUACAAUGGGCGACCCAAAACUGAUAGCGCUAUUGCAGCAGUAUGCAGAGCGGUUGACAGAAAUUCAUGAAAAGGGUGGCAAAGGAUCCUCGCAGGAUAUCGGUAAACACAAGCAUUAG